GUCUUCAUCGUCGCACGGUUCUGUUGUUUAAUUAGAAAAAAAGAAAAAGAAUAUAAAGAUAAAAAAAAUAAUAAUUGUAAAAGAAAAUAAAAAUAAAAAGACGACAAAUUUGUCACGUUCGAGUAAUUUUGCCGCGAAAAAACACAUCCCCCACUGGGUAUACGAAUCAUCCCCUACUACCUUUAAAGGCUACCAAUAAGAAGACAGCAUUGGACACCCUGCAGCCCCCUUGUGACGACCUCUGUCGGUAGGGAAAGAGGGUGUGUUAGGUUAAACGGAGAGACGACGAUUGUCAUCGCGUCGUUCUUCGUGCCGAUUUUAACGAGCCGACGAGUUAGAGGAUACUUGCACCUCUCUGCGGGUGCUUCUUCGCGUGUAUUUGCCAGUGAUGCUUCCGCGUUCUUUCAAUCACCUUGACGCCCUUAUUUUCUACAACGUUAAUAUCCAAGAACAAGAAAAGAAACGGAAACAGUGCACGAUGAUAUUUUGGAUCAGUUUUCCUUGCUCUUCCUAUGUGUGGAAUAGACACUGACGAUAUGGAUGCAGUAUGGCUUCAGUACUUUGGCAUGUCUCUGGGAAUAGUUAUGCUUCUCCUGCCUUUUUCUUGUUCUUACUGUUACUCUGUCCACACAAUACUACAGCCCGCGAGGUAAUUGAGGCUCCACUGCCACAGCAAGACCACAUUCCAUCACUGCCACCACCACCGGGACGUCUCACCACUGCCAAAGCACCAAAGUGUGAUCAAAAAUUUAUAAGCACUCCUGAUGGGCCGCAAAAUGGAACUUUCUUUGCACCUGCACUGAUAAAUCUAGAAGGAGAAUCUCGGCAGUGCGUUUACACAUUUUUAGCAGGACCACGUCAACGCGUGGAACUUAUUUUUACUACGUUUGGUCUUAGAGGUACACCGCCAGCUGGAUCUGCUGUUGGAGAAUUACCUGCUUGUAGCCAUGAAUAUAUAGAUAUAUAUUCGGAAAUUCGUUCAGAAAACACUACCAAGCUAAUAGAAACACCAUUCGGAGGUCGUUUUUGUGGUCCCAUUCCACCUCGAAAACGUGUUUCUCUUUAUCAAGGCAUUGCCCUCAGUUUCUAUACUGAUAAAAAUAUAACAUUACCAACAUUAUUUAGCGGAGAAUAUACUUUUAUUAAUGCAUCUGAGUUUGAAGUUGGAACACCAGUACCGAGUGCACCGUGUUCUUUCACGGUAAAAUCUCUCGUUAAACGUACUGGAAAUAUUUUGUCUCCCACUUAUCCAGGAACUUAUCCAAAAGAUCUUGUGUGCAGUUAUCAAUUUAUUGGAGAAUCGAGUCAAAGAAUACGCCUGGAAUUUCGAGAUUUUGAUUUAUUUUUUGGCGGGCCACAUUGCCCUUUGGAUUAUGUAAAAGUAUACGAUGGAGUUGACAAUUCAUCCGCUGUUAUUGGAACGUAUUGUGGGCAACAACGAAAUUUGGUAUUAUAUUCAUCUGAAUCCAGCCUAUUUGUAUUGUUUUCUACUCUUCAACGUACAGCGAAUACGCAAAAUCGUGGUUUUAAAGGAAUUUUCGAAUUUUCAGAAAGUUUUGUUAAAUUAGACUUCAUAACCAGUUAUAAUGGGGAGCAUAUAAGAGGCUCGGAAUGCGAUCAAAAGAUUUUAAGUAAAAAGAAGUCUUCUGGAUUUGUAGUUAGUCCCAAUUUUCCAUUUCCUUAUAUGCCAAAAGUAGUAUGUCGUUAUUUUGUUUAUGGAAUGCAAGAUUCGCAACAUCUUGAACGCGUUCGUUUGGAAUUUAUGGUAUUUGAAAUUCCAACGAGCGGUACUAAAGUAGAGUCAGCAUGCACCGAUGGUUAUUUAAAAUUAUAUUUAAAAGGUCAAGAAGCGACAGAUUCUUAUGAUAAAUUUGAUUAUGAAUUAUGCGGUGCAAAAAGUAAUCCAACUCAUGUAGUUAGUGAUGGGCCGAGACUUGUUAUGGUAUUUAGCAGCGGAGAAUUACUAGGAAAAGGUUUUAAAGCACGGUAUACCUUUGAGACAGAAUAUAAAAUACCUGGAACAGCCGAACCAGAUGGUACCUGUACAUUUACAUACAGAAGUUCCUCUCGAAAAAAGGGAGAUUUUAAUUCUCCCCGAUAUCCUAGUAAUUAUCCAAGUGAUACAAAUUGUACUUAUCUCUUUUUUUCAACGCCAAAUGAACAAGUGACAUUGAUCUUUGACCAUUUUAAAGUUAGAACCAGAACUCUGAAUAUAACGUCCGGUCACUAUGGGCACUAUUUAUGUCAAGACGACUGGUUAGAAAUUUAUAUUAUGUAUCGCGAUCAAACUGAAAAAUUAAUAGGCAGGUAUUGUGGUAUGACUGCCCCAGGACCAGUAGAAUCGACGCUUGGUGCUCUCGGUUUAAAAGUAAUUUUACAUUCAGAUUCUGAACUUGUUUAUAGUGGAUUUAAAGCGCGUUAUACUUUUGAGGUAGCAAAACCAAUUUUUGGAGAUUGCGGAUCAAAUAUUAGCAGUCUAAAUUAUGGAGUAAUAACUAGUCCUAACUUUCCAAAUAAAUACGAUGGUCCGUCAAAAAAUUUUGCUAGUAAAACAUGUAAUUGGUUUAUAAGAGUACGACCUAAUCAACAAAUAUUAUUGGAUUUUGAUACAUUUUCUGUAGAAGGUGAUCAAAGUGCACGAGGUUGUCCUGCUGCGGUAUUACGUAUGUGGUAUUCUAGUUCGUCCACGCCGCUUGAGCUUUGUGGUGUUAAAACUACUGAUACUAAGUGGACCUAUUUAUCGGAAGAUAAUAAUAUGCGUCUUAGUUUCAUAUCAGCAGAUAAAGCGGUCGGACAACACGGUUUUAGAGCAGUAUGGACAGAGAUAAAUAAAAAUACUGAUUGUCAAAAUCAAUUUCUUUGCACCAGAAAUAAAUAUUGUAUUGCAGAAUCGUUAAAAUGUAAUGAUAUCAAAAAUUGUGGUCCAGACGAUUCGUCCGAUGAAGAGAACUGUGCUGCUAUGGUACCAGCAGAUAGUUAUGUCAUCCCAGCUGUAUCUGCUGCAGCUUCUGUUUUAUUUGUUCUGUUUAUAUGCCUACUGUGUAAUAAACUUAAAAGACCUGUUCAAGAAGUUCACAUUGAUGAUCUACAUCAACGUGUAGAAGAACGUCAUCACUGCUAUCAUCAUCAUAGUCUUUUGCAACAUCACCAAGAUCAUAUUCAUGAAUUUAAUCAAUAUCAACUUGAACAACCAAGUCCACCUAGUGACAGUGAUGCUGAACAAGUUUGCGGCGAUGAAACAAGUAGUCCAGAUAGUGUGUGACCGUGGCCACUCGCAGCGUGGUUUAAAUUCUGGAAUUCCUUGUAUUUCUCCACGUUGCUUCCUAGACUCUUUCUGAUGUGUAACUAGUUGUUAUUGUUGUUAUUGUUGUUGCCUAAUGGGAGCAACUUACACAGUGUCAUCAGCACUCACUAUUACAUAUGUCAACACGUUCCUUUUAGAUUCAAACAAGACGAGAAACUAAUAUAAACAAGUCUAUCGAUCAAUUCAAACGCGAUCACUUUCACGUCUUAUUUGUACAAGAUAUAUUAUUUUUCAUUCAAAACAUAAAUUUUAUCAGCAAUAAUUAUGUAUGACUAUAUAUUCAUUAUACUACGCUAUUAUAAUAUUACUACUUAUACUAAUGCUGCUGUCUCAUAAAAUAUAUUAUUUGCAUGUAAUAUAUUUUGUACAAGUACAAGUAGGCGAUAUCUUUUUACUAAUGUGAAUAAUAAUAUUGCAAAGUAAAACUUUUUUGUACAAUCAAUUGAAAAUGGUCUUUAUGUAUCUAAUAAUAUGUCU